AUGUCGACGACAUUCGAGCCGUCCAUGUCGACGAGCCGGCAGACGACGGCGACGACAGGGCCGUCCAUGGCGGACCAGCUGCCGAGCAUCGAUUUUGGUUUUGAUGCGCUGCGUGAGCGCAUGGCACGCUUCACAGUCCGCUUCGACGGCUUCAUCGAGCAGGGGCGCAAGCGGGUGCUCGAGGAGCGCAACCAGUUCCGGAUGAACGUGGCAGAACUACAGGAGGACGAACGAAUGCGCAAGCGGGACGUCGAGAUUGUGCAGCUCAAGUCCAACAGCCUCCAGCAGACCAUGGCCAAGGAGAAACAAGAGAAGCAGGAGAUGGAGGCGGCCAUCGCCACGCUCGAAAGCCAACGCGACCGCCAGGAAGCCGAGCGGGACGCCCUCGCGCGCCAGGUCGCCGACACGCAGCGGGCCAUCGAUGCCAAGAUCGCCGCCCAGCAGGCUCGCGCCCGGCAGCGCGAGGCACAGGCGCGGUUCAACGUGCCCGAACUCGACUUUUGGGUCACCAAUCUGUGCCUCACCAUGGAGGGCGCCGGAAACGAUGACCGCCUGCGCUUCGUAUACACACACAUUGAUGACCAGGACUGGGCGCGUGAGGCGUGGUUCGAGCUGGAUACGGCGCAGCGCGACUACGCCGUACGGCACUGCCGGCCGAAACUGGAGCGCGAAAAGGUCGACCGGCUGCUCGAGCGUGUCAACGAGACGCGGGAGCUGGUGGUGCUGCUCAAAGGCAUGCGGGAGCUGUUUGUCGAAGCGAUGAAGUCUGUGUAG